AAAUAAAAAAAAAACAUACUCCCGUGUGUACGUUGGUAUCGUUAAAAUAACGUCGAAUACCGCGGACGUCACAACUAUUGUUCCACUGUUUCUACAUAGUUACGCCAAAAGAUCGUGCAUAAAGUCGCUCCAAAUUUCACUGCUUAAUAUUCCGUCUAAACCUAGAAAAUGUUGCAAAAACUUGCAGAUUUCUGGACUUAUAAAGAUUGGGAAGUUUUGCAAACGAAAGAAAAGAGGCCUAGAUUUGGUCCGUUGCAAAAAGUCCAAGAUUCCUCUUCUGAUAAACCAACAUCGAUAGAAUGGCUGAGUGGGACUAUAAAACAUCAAGAUUCAGUUAGAUUCGCCGGUGGAUCGGGAGAGCCUGUGAAUAACACCCACAAAGUUUUGAAUGUUGAUUUAAAAAAACUUCCCAAAACUUCUGAUGUUCAACAAGCAAGUACUAACGAGAAUACUGACAAUGUUGCACCAGGAUUCUUCAAUAUACAAAAUUGGAGAGAAACUUUUGAAAGGAAAAUGGAGAUACCAACAUACACUGGUUUCUGCACUUCAUACACCGAUUAUUCAGACCAUCUUGCUUCUCAUUGCAAAUAUGUCUCUAUCGAGGACAACCAAUCAAAUCUACAGGACAUUUAUUGGAAUGAAGAUUCAUAUUACCGGUCUGCACAGGAAAUCAGAGAACAUAACCGGAACUCCGAUAUAUCGAAGCUUAAUCUCGCUUCUGGAAUAGAUAGCGAUAUAGCAGAUAUUGCUGCUCAGCUGAUGCAUGGAGAUUCUGUUCUUGAUGUCGUAGACAAAAUGGCUGCCAAAGACGACUGGAAAAGCAAAAUAAGUUUCAGUAAAACUGAUUUCCAAAUACAGCCUGCCAAAACAAGAACCUUGAAAUUAAACGACUGCACUGAGGUUGUCGUUAACCUAAUUGAGAAGACCCAUCCGAUGCUUCAUAAGAAACCGAUUUCCAACACUAAGACUCCAUGUCAAACGCCAUUUUUACCAGUUCAUCGACAAAACGCUUUUAAUCAGAUUCCGAUUUCUACAGACUCACUCCUUCAAAGAUCAAACGUCAAACUAAACUUCUUGUCUACAAAGCAGAGAGCAGAUCCAUCCACCCCACUUUUUCGAUCAAAAUCAGACUGUGAGGUGAACUUUAGCAACAUCUGGGACAGUAUGCAUCAGCGUUUUGUCGUUUGCUCUGCAUACGAAAAUAGAAGGACAACAAUGGAAGUACCAGUAUUUAUCUCCGCAUCAUUGGGAUCUGUACAAACAGCAGUAGUCCCCGAAAACCGCAAAAGAAAGGCUUUAACAACAUGCACUAAUCAACCAGCUGCAAAACGUCAAAAUAGUUGUAAUAAAAAAUCUCAAGUGGCAUCUCGAUUGAAGCAGGCUGCAUCAUCAUCAUGUAAUGAUCUUUUCGCUACACCAUUGUUUAUUCCAUCAAAGCUUGACCAGACUGCUUGUUUUUCAUCUGCAAAGAAAUCGUCAGCAACAUACAGACAUCAAUAAGAACAAAUAUGACAAUUCUAAGCUCAACUGUGAUAAAUUAAUAUGACAAUUCUAAGCUCAACUGUGAUAAAUUAAUAUGACAAUUCUAAUCUCAUCUGUGAUAAAUUAAUAUGACAAUACGGGUAGUUUUAUAACAUAUAUAUUUUGUAUUUUUCUCUCUAUUUUUAUAACAUUUACGAAGGCUUUAUAAUGAUUCAAAAUGAUUUUUAGAUAAAAGGUAAGUAUAAAAAAA